AUGGCCCCGUCCCUCAACCUCGACUGCAUCGCCGAGGUCCUGCGCCAAGAGACCCUCACCGACGGCGACCUCGCCAGCGCCUGCCUCGUCUCGCGCGCCGUCUUUCGCCUCGCCAACAGCCUCUUGUACCACGACCUCGCCCUGUGCUUCUCCGACAGCGGCGACUACACCGACGACGGCCGCCUCUUGUGCGCCAUCGAGGUCCGCGAGUCGGAAAAGGCCGAGGCCUUUGUCGACCACCCGCGCCUGCGCCCUCUCUUGCGCCGCGUCGAGGUCGCCUUCGACUCGCUCGAGCGCGACAGGUACGUCCGCUACGACCAGCCCGAGUACCUCAUCAACGACAUCGUCAAGGUGUGCCCAAACAUCGACGACCUCGGCGCCGACGAGGGCGCGUGGUUCCCCGACAUGGCCCACGCCGUCGUCGAGCACGGCCGGCGCCUGCGCACUAUUCGCGGCCUCAAGCUGUGCGACGGCUCGUGGGAGAUGCUCGCCAAGCAGCCCAUGCUCAAGCACCUCGGCAUCUCGCGCCUCGAGCACGACCCGAGCAACCGCGACGUGCCCAAGCCUCCCGAGGUCGAGCUCCCGUUCGCGCUCGAGCACCUCGCCGUCGAGGGCGCGCCCGCUCGCCUCGAUCCGGCCAUCCUCGAGCCCAUAUUUGCGUCGUCGGCACACACGAUCCGCACGCUCGAGCUCGAGUUCAACGCGGCGACCCCGCCCGACCUCUCGCGCUUCACGGCGCUGCGGUCGCUCCACCUGUGCGUCGACUGCAAGCGCAAGGCGGACGGGACCGUCAAUGGCCGGGACAACCCGGACCGCGUCGCCGCCUCCGUCAUCGACGCGCUGCGGCCCAUCUCGCACCUCCCCCUCCGCUCGCUCGCCAUCACGCACGACGACGGCCACACCCGCCUCGAGCCCCUCUUCCGCCACCCUUCCUUCCCCUCGGUCGUCCCCUCGACCGUCACCAAGCUCACGAUCAAGGCCGCUCUCGAAAUCGCCGACCUCGAGCGCUUCUUCGGCGCGUGCUCGGCGCCCAUAACGCGCCUCGGCCACGGUACCGCCGAGAACCGCGACUCGGCGUCGGGCGUCGAGCAGUGGCUCGCACAGCGAGGGAUCAAGGGCGAGACGGCCAUUGGCGAGCUGAGGCUCGGCCUGAGCUUGCGGAUAGGGAGGGCCGUGGACGGGCUGAUGCGCUCGAUGGGCUUGAAACAAAGGACCCGUUCUUGAGC